CCUCAAAGUUAAUUAAAGCUGUUAUGAAAAUAUUCUGUUUAUCAACAUAAACAUUUUAUUAAUUAAUUGUUCUCACAGAACUGUACACUGUAAAUAUAUUCUAUUUUUAUCUGAGCAACAUGUCAUUAUUGAACAGAAUAUCAUCGUUGAGCCGCGUUUUUGGUACUAGCCUCCAGUUAAAACCUCUGCCAAGGAUUAUCUCCCUUGCAAGCUGCUCAACUUCAAGCUGUACUGGCAACCACAAUCAUUCAGAAGACAGUAAUAAUGAUGCGCCUGUUGAUAUAGAAAAUCCUUUUCGAAAAGAAAAAAGGCUAUGCAUUCUGUGUAAAAUGAACAUAUCACCAGAUUAUAAAAAUGUAAAGUUACUGUCGCAGUUUGUAUCAAUGUACACUGGCAAGAUUUAUGGACGCCACAUAACAGGGUUGUGUACAAAACGUCAACAGCAAGUCGAAAAUGAAAUCAUCAAAGCACAAAAUGCAGGCCUGAUGCCAUACUAUUUGAAAGACCCAGCCUUCAUGCAAGAUCCCCAAUUGUUCAACCCUGAAAAUCCAUUCAGAAAUCACCCUUACUAAACAUAAUUGUUUGUGUCAGUAUCUUGUAAGUAGUCUCAAAUAAAUCUUUCUUUUUCAA